CUUGCAAACGAAUCGAGAAGGGGACGAAACGAAACAAACACAACCAAAGAUGAUGGCGCAUCAUCACAACCCCCAUCAUCUUCUUCCUCUCUAGAACAAAGAUUUUUCCUCGCAAAGACAAAGGUCCCCCUUCACUCGAACACUUUUACCCCAACCUCCUCUAACUUUCUCUCUCUCUCUCUCAAUAUAUAAUUCUCUCUCUUGCUCCGCUACAUACACACAUAUACAUACAUAUAUAGAUCCCCAGCAGCUCAGACGCACACACAGCAGCAACGGACCAAUUUUUACAGAAAAAGUUGGGGACAAGAGUGGAGAAAGAGAACCUGUAGACGCCAGCUGAUAAGGAGAUUAUUCUUUUUCAUUUUGAGCGACCUCCUAUUGAUAUUGAUAUUGAUUUGCCUUUUUUUUUUUUUUUUUGGGUGGGGGUUUGUCUCCAAUAUUUGGUGUCCGUACUGUCGUCAUCAUAAUUGCCAUUUCAGGUAUUUUAUACGUCUUCGUUUCAAUCUCUCCCUAGAUCCAAUUCGCUUCAUAUUCGUAUCGGAUUUUGAAUUACAGAUUUGGGGGUUUUGGACGCUAAUAUUAUUAUAAUUCCAAGGUAAGGAAAUGCUCUUUUUUCAUUAAAUUUAUUCAACAAUCUCUCUCUCUCUCUGUUUUUUUUUUUCCUUCCCCGGUCGUGGUUGUUAUUUGGGGUUUUGACGGCUAUAGGUCCGGCUGUUUGGUUAAAUAUUUAUGAGUUUUUUUAAUUAUUAUUUUGUAUGGAGGAGAUUCCAAUAACAAUUUGGUUUGUGAAACUUAAAGGGCCUGCCUGUUUUGGGUUGUUGUGGGUUUUGUUGGGAAAUGGAACUUGUAGACAUUUGUUGGUGUGAAUGAUGCUCAUGUGUAUGUGUAAUAAAGGAAUCGCAUGUCUGAGCCAAUCAUCAUUCCAAUCUGAUACCAAAUUUGAUCAUCAAGGUCAAGCUGUGUACUUGAUGGAUAGCCCUUCAACAACUGCGGGUUCUGUCCCCAGUUCUAAUGAUGAAAAUCCUCGUGUUAAGUUCUUGUGUAGUUUUUCUGGUAGUAUUUUGCCACGUCCCCAAGACGGGAAGCUAAGGUAUGUUGGUGGCGAGACGCGAAUUGUGAGCGUCCCCCGAGAUAUUACUUUUGAAGAGCUGAUGGGGAAAAUGAGGGAGCUUUAUGAAGGGGCGACCGUGUUGAAAUAUCAGCAGCCAGAUGAGGAUCUUGAUGCUCUUGUCUCAGUCGUGGACAAUGAUGACGUGACCAACAUGAUGGAGGAAUAUGAUAAAUUGGGUUCCGGGGAUGGCUUCACUAGACUCAGGAUUUUUCUAUUCUCACAUCCUGAUCAAGAUGGUUCAUCCCACUUUGUUGAUGGCGAUGAAAGAGAUACAGAGAGGAGGUAUGUGGAUGCUCUCAACAGCCUCAAUGAAUCCCCGGAAUCUAGGAAGCAGCAACUGCAUAAUGAAUCCCUGGUGACGGGUCCAGUAGAUGAUAUUAAUGUUGCUGAACAGUAUUUCAAUCAGAUGAGUCUCGAGGGCAGCCUCCAUAACCAGAGGAAUAAUGAGAUGCUCAUGCCACAGUUCAACUUGCGUCACCUCACAAUUCCUCAAACUCAGAGAUAUAAUGAAAUGGAGUCUCCAUGGAGUCCUGCAUACUACUCCCCCAGGCAUCAUGGCCACCAUGAUCCAAGACCAGUUCCAGAAUUUCCGACUUCACCUUCUUCUGCCAGGUACCGUUUGUCAGAGGAAUAUGGUCGGCAACAAGUUAAUCAUCAAUCCAUGUAUGAGCACCAGCCGCAAGUUCCAGACAAUAUGGCAUGGUUGCCUACUGGACCUGUUGCUGGCGAUAAGACUGGUUUUCCAGGUAACAUAUUCUAUGGCCCUAAUGCAUUUGAGGGAAACAGUAUCUGUGAGCACUGCCGGAUGACUUUCCAAAGAAAUCAAGCUUAUCCUGAUUCCCCUUGGAAGCACGGAGAACAAUCGCAUCUGGAGCAGCCCAACACGGGGAGUGGUUUCCACCAGAUUGCUAAUUUAUGUGCCGACUGUCCCCCAAAUAGGGAUACUCUCAUGUUGAAUGCAGAUGCCAAGUUGCACCAUGGGUUCUAUACCAGAGACCAAAAUGAUCCCCGAUCCUUCUAUAAUGAAAACCACACUCAUGAAAGAGGAUGGAUACUACAACAUCAGUUGAAUCCUCGCGCUGAGGAAUCAAGAUCACAUGUUUCUGGGGUUGGGAGAUUGAAUGACCAUUACGUUGUAGAUGGUAGUGGAAUAAAUAUCGCUCUUGGGCAUGGUACUAUAUCAGACGGCCAUCAUGUACCUGCAAGUUAUGUCAAUCAUGAAGACCCACGGUACAUUCGAGCUGGACCUGAAUUGGGGAAUGAAGUGCUUCCUGACCAAUGUCUGGCCACUGGUUCCCACAUCCACAUUCCUCCUUUAGAAGAGCGUAUGGUUCGGUAUGGGAAUUUGCCUUAUGCUUAUGGAGCAGAUAAUCUAUAUCAAGUGUCACAUGGGCAUGCACCUGCACAUUGUGUCUGGAAAAAUGUUCAUAACCAAGUGCAUGGGGGUCCCUCUUAUGAAGCAUCUAGUUCACCUCAUCAAGCAAAUGGUACGGUUAGUCCAGGAUUCAUCAGGGGUUCACUGGAAGGUAGUCCCAGGUUCUGUAUCGGGGUGGAGAACCAAAAUCAUUUGGCUGAGUCCUCACACAAAGUGGUGGGCAUUGAUGAGACCUGUCUCCCAGAAUAUUCUUAUGACCAUGCUUUAAAAUUGAAACCAAACAGUUACAUUCUGGAAAAUCAGCAUCUGCUUACUCCAGAUCACAUUCAAUCCUCGGUUGACAUGCUAAAUUUUGCCACUCCUUCGGAACCUGUGCAAGUCUCUGACUUGAUCAAUGAAAGAUUAGUUUCUGUGUCCACUUUAAAUCCAGAAUCUAGGAAUGAUUAUAAUAUCGCUCAAUCAUUGAGGAUGGGAGUGAAAAGUAUUCGGGAAGGAGGAGAUGAGACAAAUUACAUAGAGAAGGUUGAAGAGUCUAAUAUGCAGAGGAUCUCUGCUCCAGAUCUAAACAAGAACCCGGAUGUGGUAUUUCCUGAGUCUGUCGGUUCAAAUUGUUUAAGGACAGCAGAGGAGUGCGGUGGUGUUGUAAAAGUGGAUGAAGAUGGUGCUCAUGCUCCUCUUGAAAACGAGGAUCUGUCAGUUAAUCGAUUGAGUUUUUUACCUGAGUUGAUUGCCUCUGUUAAGAAAGCAGCACUAGAAGGUGUUGAGGAUGUUAAAGUUAAAGUUCAAGAAAAUGCUGAUUCUGGUGUUGCACAUGAUGUGCUUGCACAAGAAGAUACUCGAGUCGAAUCGGAACCAGUGGACGGGCAUGGGGAUCUGGAGUUGGAUUCUGAUAAUGACAAUAUAAACAAUUCUAAGAUUGAGCCAACUAAGGCUGAGGCAGAAGCUAUCGCCAAGGGAUUGCAGACAAUUAAAAAUGAUGAUCUAGAGGAAAUCCGAGAAUUAGGCUCUGGUACCUAUGGGGCUGUUUAUCAUGGGAAGUGGAAGGGUUCAGAUGUGGCCGUAAAGAGAAUUAAAGCCAGCUGCUUUGCUGGGAGACCGUCCGAGAGAGAACGUCUGAUUGCGGAUUUUUGGAAGGAGGCUUUGCUGUUGAGUUCGUUACAUCAUCCAAAUGUUGUUUCUUUCUAUGGUAUAGUUCGUGAUGGUCCUGAUGGGUCUUUAGCAACUGUGACGGAAUUCAUGGUUAAUGGAUCUCUGAAACAAUUUUUACAGAAAAAGGACAGAACUAUUGAUCGUCGUAAGAGGCUCAUCAUAGCAAUGGAUGCCGCUUUCGGAAUGGAGUAUUUGCAUGGAAAAAACAUCGUGCAUUUUGAUUUGAAAUGUGAAAAUUUGUUAGUGAACAUGAGAGAUCCACAUCGACCAGUGUGCAAGAUUGGGGAUCUUGGCUUAUCAAAGGUAAAACAACACACUUUAGUGUCAGGAGGGGUUCGUGGAACUUUGCCCUGGAUGGCACCUGAGCUUCUUAGUGGAAAGAGUAAUAUGGUAACAGAAAAGAUUGAUGUCUACUCAUUUGGGAUUGUUAUGUGGGAAUUGCUCACUGGGGAGGAACCUUAUGCAGAUAUGCAUUGUGCUUCUAUAAUUGGAGGAAUUGUGAACAACACAUUACGUCCACAAAUUCCAACAUGGUGUGAUCCGGAGUGGAAAUCUUUGAUGGAAAGAAGUUGGGCGUCAGAUCCAACACAGAGGCCAUCAUUCUCAGAAAUUUCUCAGAGGUUGAGAAGUAUGGCUGCAGCAAUCAAUGUGAAAUGAUGCGAAUCCUGAAUGAAUUGGUUUCACUUCUCACCUAAAUUGCAAAAUAAAACGAAGCACAUAUUUUGCAAUUUUAUGGGCCACCUACUGGUUCCCAAGUGUACACAGGCUAAUAAUGUGUGAUUAUGCCUUUGUUCAUCUUCCUUGAACCUUUAUAAUACUGCCAUGAAAAGGUAUGUUCUUAGAGUGCAAUUAUAUGCGCCUCUAGACCUUGGUAUUACUAAGCAAGACUACAAAAAUACCCUGAGGAGAACUAUGAUUGCGCAUUCAGAAUGUUGUCAUUUCUUGGAUGUGAUUAGGAUUUUGCGACAGUUCUUCCUGGUAUUGGUCCUUUUUAUUGUUGCCAUUCGAGGCUGAACCGGUCUACUAAGAGAAGAUGUGUACAUACAUAUAAGUUGGUAGUGUUGUCCUAAGCUCUACCUUGACAGGCAGACGACGCGGUGCACGAAGCGUUAAAAUUUCAUAUUGAACUUGGAACCUAAACUAGCUAUAUUCUUUUCUUAGUUUCUUGCAAUUGUAUACCUUGUGAGAUUAUAAGUUCAGUAUAGACGCUACUUUUUAGAUACGUGGGAAAAGAAUAUUAUUUUGUUCGGACAUGGUUUAGUUGAUAGAAUGGAGUUGUUGAAAUUUGUUAGUGUGUUAA